AUGCCAUCAGCCAAAGAUACCAAAAGAAAACGUAACGAAUAUGACUCACUGGAGGAGGAUAGUUCCGAUGAAGACGGCCAAGAUCUUUCACCACAAACCAAACAAGUAAAAACCACUGCAAGUAUCGGAACAUGGAAAGAAGAUGCCAAUCAAGAGCUCUACUACUUCAUCCAUAACAAGUUUUCCGAAAUGAAAUUCCCCAACAAUACUGUGGGUAUUGCAUCCUAUGAUUUUGACUCAACAUUGGUUUUGACCAAGAGUGGAAAGCAAUUUGCAACCAGUGCCGAUGAUUGGAAAUUAUUUCAUAAGAAUGUUUCAACGAAAUUGAAAGAGGAAGUCAAAAAGAAUAAUCGUCUAUUGGUGAUUUUCACGAAUCAAAAUGGUAUCAAGAAGGGAAAACUCACAAAGAAAGAACUUGAAAAAAGAAUUGAAGGUUUCAUUAGAGAAGCCAUUGGAGAAGAUACUCCCAUUUUGGUUUUGGCUGCGAUGGCUGAAAAUUCUCAAAGAAAACCAUGCACUGGAAUGUGGACCUAUCUCGAAGAACAGAUUCUUCCAAAAUAUCACAAAGAAUUGUCAUUGGAUAAAUCAGACAGUCUCUAUGUUGGUGAUGCAGCUGGAAGACCUGAACGUAAAGAUGCUUCGAACAAGAAAAUUAAGAAAGAUCACAGUUGUGGUGACAGGAAAUUUGCAAUGAAUCUCGGUAUCAAAUUCCACACUCCCGAAAAUUAUUUCUUGGGAGAAGCUGAAUAUCCAACAUGGUCACUCGAUGGUUAUGAUAUCAAGAAGAAUUUUGAAAACUCGAAACUGACACCUUACAAAAAAGAAGAUUUGAUUAGUUCCAAGCAAGAAAUUGUUAUUUUCCAAGGUUGGCCAGCAAGUGGAAAGACAACUUUUGCUAAACGAUAUUUCAUUCCAGCUGGUUAUGUUCAUGUAAAUAGAGAUACACUUUCAACUCCUGCCAAAUGUAUCAAAGCCACCAAAGAAGCAAUUGCUCAAGGUAAAUCUGUGGUUGUUGACAAUACAAAUCCAGACAGCGCCUCAAGACAGUCCUAUAUUGAAAUUGCAGAAGAGAAUGAUAUUCCUUGUAGAUGUUUUGUUUUUGAUGUUGAGAGAGAACUUGCAGAGCAUUUGAAUGUUCUCAGAGAGAAUCGAUCGAAUGGUGCUCAUCCUCAUGUUCCUGGUGUUGCUUAUAACACUUACAAUAAGAAGUUUGAAGACGUGACCAAAGAUGAAGGUUUCACAGAAGUGAGAAAAAUCAAAUUCAUACCUGUAUUUAAUAAUGAUAAGGAGAAGGAAGAGUUUUUCAUGUAUACUUAA